AGACUGCAGUCUAGCAGACCUUGUGCUGUGACUGCUUUGGCUGCGGAUGUUUCUUUCUCCUGCUGCUAAAUAUGGAUCAUCAAGAGGAUGAAAGAAAUCUCGCAGACACAGUUAUAAAUACAGCCUGCUAUCCGGCCUUUGCCUUGCAGUUCCCCCAACCACCCAUCUGCAGUUGCCCUAGAUCUCCUGUCCCUCUCCUCUCUUCAGUCUGAGACGUCCAUUCACCAUGCAUUCUCUUUCCAAGAGCCUCCUGCUCGUUCUGGGCAGCAACAUGCUGGGCGUGAGCGCCGCUCCAGUGGCCGAGGCCGCCACCUCGACCGCUACCACUGCUGCCACCACCACGACUGCCCCCGCCAACUAUGGCAACUACGGCAACUAUGGCGACUACGGUGCCUAUGCCAACUACCAGAACUACAAGCGUGCUGACGAGGAUGACGC